GUAAAUAUCUCACUAUCCAGAUGUUCACAUUAACAUACAUUAACAUAUCAGUGAAUGAUGGUGAGUUUCACUUGUUGAUUUCUGCAGAGGUUUGAUGGUUUUAGGAGUCAGUUGUAGUUUAGAUGAGAGCAGACCAAAUCCUGCACCACAAUACGAGUAUAUUCUCUGAGCUUUCUAUGAGCUUGUGAAUGUUGAUCUGUGGGAAGAGAUCUUUCUUUUAAAAGAAGCAGGACAACAAGACAAACAGGUUUUCAGCCCAGGCUGCAUUUUUACAGUUACCAAAAGUUAGACUGAGCUGCGAAUGUAAGUCCAAGAGCCGUUUCCAGUGAAUCUUCAUCUCGUUUCUAAGGAUUGUCACUGAAGAAACACCAAUGAUAAAAGAUGGCGCCUGUUGAUGAACUGCUUCUGAAGAUUCUGGAUGAUCUGGACUCAAAAAAACUACACAGGUUUAAAUGGCUCUUAAAGAAGAAUCAUGCCUCUAUUUCAACAGCUGAUACUGAGAACGCAGAAGCCACAGGUGUAGUGGACAUAAUGGUGGCACGAUUCACAUCAGCAGGAGCCGUGAAGGUCAUGUUGGACAUCCUGAGGAAGAUGAACGAGAACCAUCUGGCUGAACAGUUAGAGAACGAAUACAAGGAUGUGGGAAGUGCAGUGCAGACGAGCAGAGACGCUCACACUGUUGAUCUGAAUCUUCAAUCAGGUGAAGCUGUAAAUGCUCCUGUUCUCUCCAGUCCAGUGACCGUCCCCUCGAGCUCCGGUGGUGUCGAGCAACAGCCCUGCAGUGCUGAGAAUAAAUUACGUAUGCCAGUUUUUAAGAGCUUUUCACUUACAGCUCAGAGUGCUGAGAAGAAGUUGCGAUUUCCGGUUUUGAGGAGUUUUCCACUUCAAAGUAUAAAUGGCCAAGAUUUGGAGAUUAAACAGUAUGCCUGUAAUCUCACACUGGAUCCAAACGCGGCCCAUCCGAACCUCUUUCUGUCUGAGAGGAACCGCAAGGCGACGCACGUGAGAGAGAAGCAGCCGUAUCCGGAUCAUCCGGAGAGAUUCGACUGGCAGCCGCAGGUUCUGUGUGGAGAGAGUCUGGCUGGACGCUGUUACUGGGAGGUUGAAUGGAGCACGAGAAUGUGGGUUGAGAUAGCAGUGACAUAUAAAGGAACGAGGUAUAAAGGAGCUGACAAUGACUUUUUGUUCAGCCGAAAUGCACGCUCUUGGGUGCUGAAGUGUUCUCGUUACCAAUAUCUUGCCUAUCACAAUAAUCAUAUGACUAAUAUACCAGCCCCUUCUCAAUCUAAGAGAGUAGGAGUGUAUGUGGACGUGUCGGCCAGCACUCUGUCCUUCUACAGCGUCUCUGACACACACACACUCACACACUUACACACAUUCAACACCACAUUCACUGAACCCCUCUACGCUGGAUUCCUGCUUCAAUCUGACUGUUCAGUGUCUCUGUGUGAGUUCUAACAGCCUCUGUUUGGACAGCCUUUAUAUAAAUGAUGACCUAUAUCAUUUGUGACCCUGGAGCACAAAACUUAAGUGUCUUAAGUGUCAAUUUUUCGAAAUUGAGAUUUAUACAUCAUCUGAAAGCUGAAUAAAUAAGUUUUCCAUUGAU